AUGGCAAUAGCCCACUUUGCGGGAAGGUGUCUCGCGAUACCGAGUAGCUGGUAUGGCAGAGAGCCCUUUGCUUCAGCCCUCUGUCAAAUACCCUCUAUAAAUAUAUGGGAUGACCAUGACCCCACCUCCUUGAUGUCUAACAUUGAACACUUCAAGAUUAUUGACGGGUUUGGCUCCUAUGCCAAUGAGACGAUGGAAUGUUCCGUUUUCCGAGCAAUCGGUGCCCUCGCUCAUAAAUAUUACAUGCUUUUCCAACAUCACCUUUCUCCAGGCAAUGUCGAUGACAGCAUGCAGGACACCUAUAUAGCUGAUACUAUACCGGAACCACAAUACGUCCUUGGACCAAGGCCUGGACCGUAUAUCAGGGCUCAGUCACAUAAUAUCUUCACUAGACUUGGGGCACGGAUUGCGUUCUUGGGAGUGGAUGCUCGGACGGAGAGGAACCGAGAGCAAACAAACUAUCGUGAGACGUAUGAUUGUCUGUUCGCGAGGGUAAACGCAGAGCUAGAUGCGGCAGCAUGGUGCGGCCGGCCGAUCAAGCAUCUGAUUUUGCUGUUUGGCAUACCCCUCGCCUAUCCGGCAAGGUCGGCAGGUCGUUCAUUCCAACGAUUAAGUGAUAAGCUGGGUAUUGAUGCGGUUUUCCCAAUAGGUAAAAAUGCUAUGAACCCUUUUGACAAUGCUAUCGAGUUACUAGACGAUCUCAACGAUCAUUACACGUCAAAUGCGCAUCGAAAUGAGCGACGCUAUCUUAUCGAACGGAUCCAGUGCGUGUGCGCCGCACAUUCAGUACGUGCGACGAUCCUUAGCGGUGAUGUCCAUCUAGCGGCCGUGGGAAGGUUUUUCACAACUCAUAAAGGAGAUAUUCUACCAAUCGAAGAAGACUUUCGAUUCAUCAAUAACGUUAUCUCGUCUGCUAUCGUGAAUCAACCCCCUCCGGAGACAAUGGCAAAACUAAUCGCGCACGGUGACAAAAUCCGACACUUGAAUGCAGAGACAGAAGAAUGUCUUUUCAAGUUGUUCAGAUCAAACUCUACAACUUCUGCCAAGAAACCGGAGGGAACAACCGUUGCGAUGCCCCGUCGUAACUUCAGUAUCAUCACGGAAAACUCCCCUAAUAACGAGGGUAAGCUCUCCUGGCGACAGUUCUUUGCCAAACAUGGUAACCGGCCUCUGCAUUUUGGAGAGGCCAAUGCCGGAACAAGGCACAUUGCUGCAUCCAACCAGCAUGGGAAGGGCAAUGACGGGAGUUUAGAUGUCUGCUUUUGUGUCGAGGCGGAUCACCAACGUCAUGAUGGCCAGACAGUGGGCUACGGCUUCACGAUUCCAGCCCUUGAGUAUCGUGGCCCUGCUCUCUCCGAGCCGGUCUGGUCCGAGACAACGUCUUAG